CACAGUGUCAGUGCAGGAGGCAGUCACUCAGGCGGGCAGUGAAUGAGAGCUGCACGCCAAACCGCACAGGCUAGAACAUUACUCCCCAGUUUCACCGAUGUAAUGUUAGCAAUCAUCGCAGCUACAGAUAAAAUUCAAAUAUACCACGGAGCUACGGACACUGUAGAAGCCAGGCUGUGAAUAGGAUUUAAUAGACAUUUCCAAAGCCCCAUUGGCAAGAGCUAAAAUAGGAGUAGGCUUCACACUGAACGGCUGUCUUAGGACUCCCCUGUGCAGGGUAUCGGUAUCUUACCCAACCCAAGCCCGAGGUCGAAAGGCCUCGACGCGUACAGUUUACAAAAAAAUAGUAAAUAUCAACACAAACGAGGCUUCAGUACAGCUGCACACAGAGAUGGCAGACAGCACAGGGCUGCAGUUUGUCAGCCCUUACGCUUUUGAAGCCAUGCAGAAGGUAGAUGUCGUGCGACUGGCUGCCCUUAGUGACCCAGAGCUGAGGCUGCUGCUGCCCUGCCUGGUGAGGAUGGCACUGUGUGCCCCAGCGGAUCAGAGCCAGGCCUGGGCCCAGGACAAGAAACUCAUCCUCCGACUGCUGUCUGGAGUGGAAGCUGUCAACUCCAUCGUAGCUUUGCUGUCUGUGGACUUUCACGCUUUGGAGCAGGAUGCUCGAAAGGAGCAGCAGCUCAGGCACAAGGCUGGUGGUUCUAAUGGAGAGAGCAUCCUGGUGUCUCAGCUCCAGCACGGCCUGACUCUGGAGUUUGAACACAGUGACCCCCUCAGGAGACUCCGCCUGACCCUCAGUGAACUGCUGGCUAUCAUGAACAAGGUGGCGGACUCAAAUGGAGAGUUUUUCUUGAAGUCCUCUGAACUCUUUGAAAGCCCUGUCUACUUGGAAGAGGUUGCAGAUGUGCUCUGUAUUCUACAAGCAGAGCUGCCCUCUUUGCUGCCCAUCGUGGACGUGGCAGAGGCUUUGCUGCAUGUCCGCAAUGGUGACUGGUUUCUGUGUCUGCUGGUUGCCAAUGUUCCUGACAGCUUCAAUGAAGUUUGCAGGGGUCUGAUCAAGAACGGAGAGCGUCAAGACGAAGAGAGUGUGAGCGGUCGUCGCAGAACUGAAGCCCUGAGGCAGCUGUGUCAAAUGAACCCCUCACAGGCCCUCAACAUCAGAGCUAUGGUGGUGGAGGAGUGCCACCUGCCUGGUCUGGGUGUGGCUCUGACUCUGGACUAUAAACCAGACACAGCAGAUGAGGCAGUCAGUCCCUUAGUCUCUUAUGUCAGCGGCCUCUUGCUGGGCACCAAUGGCAAAGUCCGAACCUGGUUCAGCAUGUUCAUUCGCAAUGGACAGCAGCGUAAGAGAGAAAGCAGCUCUGUGUUGUGGCAGAUGCGCAGGCAGCUGCUGCUGGAGCUGGUGGCAAUUCUGCCGCGCUCACGCAGCACCCAUGGGCCCAACGACAGCGACAUGGAGGAUGUGGGGUCAGGAUACUCUGGCCUCAGAGAGGAAUAUGUAGUGAAGGCCAGCGCCCUCCUCCGACUAUACUGCGCCCUCAUGGGCAUUGCCGGCCUCAGGCCUACAGAUGAGGAGGCAGAGCAGCUCCUCCAGCUGAUGACCAGCCGGCCUCCAGCCACUCCUGCCGGCGUUCGCUUCGUCUCCCUGUCCUUCUGCAAGCUUCUGGCUUUCCCCAAUCUCGUUAGCACCCCAGAGCAGGAGCAGCUGAUGGUCAUGUGGCUCAGCUGGAUGAUCAAAGAAGAGGAAUACUUUGAGAGUGCUGCGGGCGUAUCUGCUUCUUUUGGAGAGAUGCUAUUACUGGUUGCCAUGUAUUUCCAUAGCAACCAGCUCAGCUCCAUUAUUGAGUUGGUGUGCUCCACUUUGGGGAUGAAGAUUGCCAUCAAGCCCAGCUCUCUUAGCAAAAUGAAGACCAUCUUCACACAGGAGAUUUUUACUGAACAGGUGGUUACAGCACAUGCGGUGAGGGUUGCAGUGACCAACAACCUGAGUGCCAACAUCACAGGCUUCCUGCCCAUUCACUGUAUCUACCAGUUGCUACGUAGUCGAGCCUUCACCAAACACAAGGUCUCCAUUAAGGAUUGGAUCUACCGUCAGCUGUGUGAGACCACCACGCCCAUCCACACCCAACUAAUCCCCCUUAUUGAUGCGUACAUCAAUUCUAUCCUCACCCCGGCUUCCAAGGCCAACCCUGAAGCCACCAACCAGCCAGUUACCGAGCAGGAGAUCCUUAAUGUCUUCCAGAGCUCCGCUGGGGGGGAAGGCGGCCGAGGAGGACGUGCGCGCUACACCAUCACCACGCAACUCCUCAUCCUCUAUUACAUCUUGUCCUACGAGGAGAACCUCUUGGCCAGCACGAAGCAACUGGCUCUGAUGCAGAAGAAGCCAAAGUCCUACUCAGCAGCCCUGAUGGACCAGAUCCCCAUUAAGUACCUGGUUACCCAAGCACUGGGACUACAGCAGGAGCUCGGGGGUCUGCACUCAGCCCUGCUGAGGCUGUUGGCCACCAACUACCCCCACCUCUGCCUGGUGGAGGACUGGAUGUGUGAGGAGGAGGUGACUGGCACUCUGCCUCUGCUGAGGAGGAUGAUGCUCACUAGCAACACCUGCAGAUACACCCAGAGCCAGCUCCACCAAGCCUUCCAGAAGUUGCCAUCCAGCAGUCCCAGGCUAAUGCGAAUCCUUGAACACCUAACACUGCUGUCACCUGGAGACCUGAUUCCGUACGCCGACGCCCUAACGGCCAGCAUGGCUCUGCUGCUGGAGCCUGCCGUGCCUCGCCGCAUACUCCAGACCCUCAACAAGCUUUGGAUGGGCCUCAACACUGUAAUGCCCCGCAGGUUGUGGGUGAUGACAGUAAAUGCCCUCCAGCCUUCAGCUAAGCUCCUCAGGCAGCAGAGAUACAGUCAGAACGACCUGAUGGUGGAUCCUCUCAUUGUGCUGCGCUGUGACAAGAGGGUAUACAGGUGCCCUCCUUUGAUGGACAUUGUCCUUCACAUGUUGAAUGGAUACCUUUUGGCCUCCAAAGCCUACUUGCAUUGCCAUCUGAAGGAAACAGCAGACUUUGACCGGCAGAGCCAGACAGUCUCCAACUUGGGUCUGCCUGGACAGCCAGACACACCUGAGGUCACCAGGGAGGAGCUGAAGAACGCUCUGUUGGCCGCACAGGAUAGUGCAGCUGUCCAGAUCCUCCUCGAGGUUUGUCUGCCCACCUGUGAAGAGCAGCAGCUGGGGGCCAACACCGAGAGCUUGUUGAGGAGCAUGAGGAGCACCACGCCUGGGAAAGUGAAGCCAGGCUGUCUAGGGCCGGUGACUAGGAUGGGCGGGGAUGAGGCUGAGCCAGAGGGAGGCCUGCUCAGCGACCUCAGGGAAGUCCAGUGCCUCAUCUGCUGUAUGCUGCAUCAGAUGUUCAUCGCUGACCCCAACAUUGCCAAGCUCGUCCACUUUCAGGGUUACCCUCAAGCUCUGCUGCCUCUCACUGUGGCAGGCAUCCCCUCCAUCCAUAUCUGUCUGGACUUCAUCCCAGAGCUGCUGGCCCAGCCCCAGCUGGAGAAGCAGAUCUUUGCAAUCCAGUUGCUCUCAUACCUGUGCACCCAGUACGCCCUGCCCAAGUCCCUCAGUGUGGCGCGGCUGGCCAUCAGUGUCAUGGGCACCCUGCUUACAGUGCUGACCCACGCCAAGCGCUUCUCCUUCUUCAUGCCCACCCUGCCGUGCCUGGUGGCCUUCUGCCAGGCCUUUCCUCCACUUUACGAUGAUGUGGCAGCCCUACUGGUGCAAGUGGGGCAGGUCUGUGCCUCUGAUGUGGCCACCAAGGCCAGGGACAUUGACCCUCUCAUUGCCCGUCUACAGUAUCUGAAGGAGAAGCCACAGGAGGUGCUGUCUCCAGGCGGAGGCUCCUCCAAGCUCAGUUUACCCCAGAGGACGGCGGAGGAGCUGGUAGGAGCCGACCCCGACGUCCAGCUCUGCUACCGUGUAGAGGCCACUUUCAUGGACAUCAUCAGCUCCAGCCUCCACGGACUAUAGAACAAACACACACCCAGGGGAGGGAGAGGAGGGACUGGUCUCAAACCGACAACUAAAAGCACUGCCUGUGAAACACAUUCACACUCCCGGAAGGUCUACUGUCAACACAGAUCCAUUCGUCUCACAAAUGGAUGGAGUAAGACUUGUCGUCACCUUUGUCAAGGGCUUUGAGAUGAUGUCAAGCCAGGAGUGUAUGCUCAUGAUAUUUCAUGUCUGCGAUGUUGCAUGUCCACUCUAGCCUGUUUAGUCUGGACAGAAGCGAGCAGCAAAAGCCACUCUACUCCAUCAGCCUUGUAAUUAGAUGAUGAUGAGCAAGGUAUUUAGGAAAUGUAUGUUCUUUGUACUCAUUGUCACAAUUUGUAGAGAUUGAAUAAUUUUAAAUGGGUCUGUUUUCUUGACCUGUACAUACAUAUUUUUGUAAGUUUAUAGUGUUACCUUUUUGUCAGCUGUUUAAAAAAAAGGCUAAGCUGUUCUUCAGAUAUGUAGAGCUUUUGUACUGUUUUUGUUUGUAAUAAAACAAAGAAAAUGUUUGGA